ACCCUAAUUUCUCCAAUUUUUGAACCCUUACACUCAUACUCGAAAUUGUUUUUUCAUAGAUUACGCCUUCAAUGACGUCAGAUUCGAGCUCUUCAUCAUCAUCCUCCUCCGAAGAAGAAUCCGCCGGGCAAAGACCUGAUAUCGACCAUAACACCGAUUCAAUCGGUAACACUCUCGACGCCAUCGAAAACCAGUUGUCAUCGAUGGCAUUGAAUACUGCAGUUAAUGAAGAAAUGCCAUCGGUUGCUGAUGAUCAUCACCAACCUGCCACGGAGGUCAGAAAUGGAUCUUUGAAGGAAAUUGAAAGCGAGAGGCUGAUAAACUCGACUGAGGAGAGUAAGUUGUCGAGGGCGGCGGGAAUGUGGAGGAAUAACUCGGAGGUGGAGAUUGACGGGGCAAUGUCAAGUCCAUGUAUCAGUGGGUAUGCCGCUGAGAGGGGUAGUGGUGGUGGUGCUACUCGUGCGUCUGGAGCUGAUGAUAUUCAGGAACUUCGGAAUAAUAGUUCUUCCGUGGGUGAGGAUGGAGAUUCGUUGGGUUCUGCUAAAUCACAGUGGGUUCCCGGUAAACGGCACGUUGAUGAGGAUGAUGCUUCUGUGUCAUGGAGAGAAAGGAAGAAACACUUUUUUGUUUUGAGUCAUUCUGGAAAACCAAUAUAUUCAAGAUAUGGGGAUGAACACAAGCUAGCAGGAUUUUCAGCAACUCUACAAGCCAUUAUUUCUUUUGUGAAAAACGGGGGAGACCAGGUUAAAUUGGUUAGGGCGGGAAAACACCAGGUGGUUUUUCUUGUGAAAGAACCAAUUUAUUUAGUUUGUAUAAGCUGUACAGAAGAGCCUUAUGAGUCACUAUGGGGGCAACUGGAACUUCUUUAUGGUCAGAUGGUACUUAUACUUACAAAGUCUGUAAAUAGAUGUUUUGAGAAGAACUCUAAAUUUGACAUGACACCUUUGCUUGGAGGAACAGAUGUUGUUUUCUCUUCUCUCUUCCACUCUUUCAGUUGGAACCCUGCCACUUUUCUUCAUGCAUACACUUGUCUUCCCCUUCCUUAUGCAACGAGGCAAGCUGCUGGUGCAAUAUUACAGGAUGUUGCUGAUUCAGGUGUCCUCUUUACAAUGUUGAUGUGUAAAUACAAGGUUGUCAGUCUGGUAGGCACACAGAAAGCAUCACUUCAUCCUGAUGAUAUGUUGCUGCUUGCUAACUUUAUCAUGUCAUCUGAAUCUUUUAGGACAUCCGAAUCAUUCUCGCCUAUUUGUUUGCCGAGAUACAACCCUAUGGCAUUUCUACAUGCUUAUGUUCAUUAUUUUGAUGUUGAUACGUACUUGGUGUUGCUGACAUCAAGUUCAGAUGCCUUUUUUCAUCUAAAAGAUUGCCGGAUACGUAUUGAAAUGGUCCUUUUGAAGUCUCACGUUCUAAGUGAAAUUCAAAGAUCCUUGUUGGAAGGUGGCAUGCGUGUUGAGGAUUUACCUGUUUACCCAUCAACUCGUUCUGUGUCAUUAUUCCAUUUGAAUGAGCCCAGGCUGGUUACAGGACCUCAAGAGAGAUUACACGAAGCAUUUGUAGGUAUUGGUGGUCCUGCGGGACUCUGGCACUUUAUAUAUCGCAAUAUGUAUCUAGAUCAGUAUGUAUCUUCCGAGUUUUCAUCUCCAAUCACUGGUCACCAACGGCAGAAAAGAUUAUAUAGAGCAUAUCAGAAGCUUUAUGCUUCCAUGCAUGAUAAAGGAACUGGGCCCCAUAAAACUCAGUUCAAGAGGAAUGAAAAUUUUGUCUUACUAUGCUGGGUCACACAGGAUUUUGAACUUUAUGCAGCAUUUGAUCCGCUUGCAGACAAGGGUCUGGCCAUAAGGAUAUGCAACCGCGUGUGCCAGUGGGUGAAAGACGUGGAGAACGAAAUCUUUUUGGUGGGAGGAAGCCCUUCCGUCUGGUGAUUAUCUUUCCCAUCUCUGUCAUGUAUGCCAUCAUCUACUUGAACCAAAUAUUAUCACUCUUUUUUGUAGUUGUAGUUGUAUAGAUUCUGUAGACUUGGUGUAGAACCACCUUCCGUAUAAUAUUUUGAAUGGUAAUGAUAUCUA